CCUUAGAGAAUCUGACAAAGGUACAUAUUGUCGGGGUUGUAUCUAUCGGGUAUAUGCAUUUAUAAAAGAUCCUGAUAAGAUAGCGCCAAAGAUCAAUUCCUUCUAGCGUGUCAUCUUCCCUACCUAUGUAGGUACCUACCUCAAGCAGCCGCGCUAUUGCUAAACCCCUGCUAGCAACUGCCUACGGGUGCAGACGGUGCAGACGUAGUUUGCGACUUCCAGCCGCAAAGCACACGACUCAACUUUGUCCUUCUCCAACUUGCCUCCAUAUUUUUUCUUCAAUGGCGAUUCGAGUUGGCGUUAAACAACUGCUUUAAGCCUUGCAGGACGGAUCCUGUACGCCUCUCGCUAUCUUCUCAUUUCCCGGGCGCGUUCGGUUUUGCGAUAAGCGUGUCGUUUUGCUGAGUACAAUCAAUCAGCCAGGGUCUCCGUGAGAAGUGGUAACAUCGCAACUCCCGACGUCACUACGGUUAGCGGUUAGCGGUUAGCCCGGUUCGACUACACACCGCGAUAAUGCCUACCAUCCAGGGCUUCAGCACCAUGAGAGCGCGCUCAUAUGUGUUCCGUCUACCGUUAUUCACACGCGCCAUGAUUGCUGUUAUGGUGGCGUUCUGGAUUGUCUCCAUCCAAUCUACGUGGGAUGUGCGACAAUGGGGCGCCUUAAUUCCCAACGAAUUGACUCUGUCCACUAUGUACCGAGUGAAUACCUUCCCAUUAAUACACCUUAACUUCUUCCACGCCCUCUUCAACAUCCUAUCCUUAACGCCGCUCCUUGAGAGGUUUGAGAACGAGUUUGGAACCUUGACCUCUCUUGCACUGUUUUUUGGCCCUUUAACAACGAUCCCGGCUUUGGUCUACAUCUUUUGGGAGAAGUUCAUUGUGAAAGGAAAUACUGCCGUCAUGGGAGCUAGCAUCUGGGUAUUUCUUUUACUAGGAAUCGAGGCCAUUCGAACGUACAAGACCAAUCCGUACCUUGUGAUAGGAACACAUCAUGUUCCGACAUGGACCACCCCAUUAGUGAUGGUAUUGGUAGUUGAGGCAUUGAUCCCCAAUACUAGUUUCUUUGGUCAUCUAUGCGGCGUGGGCACGGGUUAUUUGUUCGGCCUAGGCUACCUCAAGUUCCUUGCGCCUCCCGAAAAGGCUUUGCGAUGGAUCGAAGCUCGCCUGAACCUGCUAGGACGAUUGCCGCACUACGUCAGUGUCGACCAGAAGACGUACGGUAGGUUCGGCGUCUUACCAACCAGCAAUUCAACCACGCAGAUGACGCCAUUAGGCUUGAUGGGUUCUACGCAGCGAUUAGGUCCCUAGUGUGGUUCCAAAAGGUGUCUGAGAAGGGUGGGAAGGGCUUCAGUGAAUGCCACCCUGUAUAUAGCACGUGGUUAUUGGGCAUUCCGACAUUGCAUGACACUGGCGUUUCUGGGAGGGAAAACAUCAUUGGCAUCGCAAGGCUGUAUACUCAUCCGCUCCACAGCACUUGUUUGCAGGAUAAGGAGAUUGGCUGUCUAUACUGCUAUAAACUUUUCUUAAUGCUUUGAGAGUAAUAUUUCCGAGUUGGUGUGACUUAUUGUCUUGAUGUCUUUGGUUCAGUUGUAUUCAUUCUUUUUCGUCUUGUAACUUACUGGCUCGUAACAGGUUCAAAUAAUGAAUAUACCUUUCUUAUCCUUA